AUGAGGAAGGAUGAAGCUUCCAGUAGUCAUCGAUCGGUCAACUUUGGCCAGAUGAUAAAGUCAGCGGUUCUUUAUAGCCCAGAGUUAAUCGGUCAACCAUGUUACGAUAGUGUGAAUGAAUCACGUUUGUGCAAGAGCACCGAUUAUCUGAAAGAUACUACUAAGACCCCCUCCACCCCACGGAUAACCGGUGCCCUUGUAGAGGAGCCGUUUUGGGAUCUCUUGGAGUUAGGGGGCAGUACCUGUGAUACCCUGAGGAAGUUGGGAAUGGUUAAUUUUCCUAAGAUGCGCGACUGA